GAAGAGCUCGCAGCUUCCCAGUCCCCGAGCCAUGGGAACCAGGAUUUAUAUGCGCGCCAGCGACGGCACGAAAGGUCCCUUGAGAGAUGUGGUGGAAAGACAGAAACUGGAAGCUUACAUCCGAACGUACGGCGACUUCGACGAUCUGUGGAUGCCCUGGAAGGUCGCGGACCUCCGACCGUUUGGCUUUGUGACCUUCAAGGAGUCGGCGGCCGCGCAGGGGUUUGUGGAGUGGUCUCCGCACAAAGUCCCAGAAGCUGAGGUGGAGAUCAUUGCCAAGUGGGGGUACGGAGCGAAGAAGGCGAAGGCGAAUGGGAGUUCAUCCGCCUCCAAUGGUCUGGAGGGAAUGCUUCAGCCGUUGGAGGUCGAUGCUGAUGUGUCGUUGGAGAAGUAUCACGCGGGGCCUGAGCAGAAGAGAGACAUCUUCACAAGCAUCCUCAGAUCCCAGGAUCCGUCUCACCAAGAGAGGCUGGCAAGAUCCUCGCGGCUCAUCAGGGGAAGGGAGGUACGAAAGACCAAGCCGCGUCUCCACCUCUUCUGCGGUCCGCCCGCAACUGGAAGGACUCAGGCAAUGAAGGUCAUUGCAGCCGAAGCAGGCCUCAAAGCAUUCCAAAUGAAGCUGGGGGAGGUGGGAUACGACACGCCGACGGCCUUUCAGGAUUCAUUGAAGGAGGUUGACAAGAUGGCAUCUGGACCCAACGGGGUAGGGGUUGCCGUCAUUAUCGACGAAGCGGAGCAAAUCUUCAGCCGCCGAAGUGACAUGCAGAGCGCUUUCAGCGUGAAAGUGGAGGGGAAGAAGGAGAUCGUUAGGGCUUUCCUCGAGUGGACAGACGGCUUGCAGAGCAGACCGCGUGAUGCCAAGCCGAUCGUCAUCGUUCUUUCCACCAACUUGCGAGACAGCAUUGACGAAGCCGUGCAGAGCCGCGUGGGCAAAAUCAUCAACUUUUCAAGGCCGACCUUUGCGCAGUGCAAGCAGCAUUUCGCAGCUAAUGCGCCCAAAGUGAGGCGUUGGCACUGGCUGCUGGCCGCCUCAAGCCGACUUCUGUUCAUGGACUUUCGGGAGUUAGAAGCGGUGCAUGAUCUCGUAUGCGAGCGGGAUGCCGAGAAAUCAGAGGUGGAAGGCCCGCAGGGAGAAGUGACGGCCUUCUCGGAUUACCUUCCUGCGAUCCGGUCCGUGUGGUUGCAGCGCCGCAGGGCAGGGUGGAAGUUGAUGGAUGUCCUGAGCCUGAUCAUCUGGAAGCUCCCAUAUUUCUCCUAUCACCUGCGUGUGGUGAGCGAGGAAGCAGACAGGAUCCGUCAGGGCUUGCGAGCCAGGCUUUAA